ACAAACUCUUGGUUCAAGGUGACGUGAGCAGUACGCCAUUUGUGGCUGUGAGCGCGCAGCCAUCCACAACUACUAGCCCUCAGUCAAGCAUGCUUUUACUCCAAACACAGGCCUCGUUUGGUUCAAGCAGUUUUGCCGAUCUGCUGAAUGCACCGUUCGCAGAUGAUUCAAGUGCCGUUCUACCCUCUGAGGAACUCAACCCUUUCGUAGACGUUGCCCUACAUUCACAGUCUCCUUCGCCAGUACCAUUACCUAGUUUUCAAGAGACAUAUUCAGUUCGUUACCAGCCACCGUUCAAGAUGGACGAGGAGAGUUUCAAUAUUUCCUAUCACCACUCGCCCUCCACUUCCCAUCACUAUGAGUGUCAACGAAUACCAUACACGCCGGCUGCCAACCCGUACUACCCUCCUCCUCAGAGCUGCAUGCCAACCAGCUUUGAUACCACUCUAUCUCAAGAACCGUUCUCUCUUUCCUCCUAUAAGUCUGCAACUGCAGAUUUGAAUGUGAGCACUGCGAAACAAAGACGAGCUUCGCUACCACUACAGAGAUCGGAAAGCACGAGCAGUAGUGAGAGUCCCAAGCUGAGGAUUGGCCCAGCGCUGUCGGCGUGUUCUUCGGCAGCUAGCAGUCCAGGUGGCGCAGCGGAACAGCAGGCGAGUAGUUCAAAAACGCCAUCGUCGCCUUCGCAACUUUGUGCCGUGUGCGGUGAUACAGCAGCCUGUCAACAUUACGGAGUGAGGACCUGUGAGGGGUGCAAAGGAUUCUUCAAAAGAACUGUUCAGAAAGGAUCCAAGUACGUUUGUUUAGCUGACAAAGCUUGCCCUGUAGAUAAACGGCGGAGGAACCGUUGCCAGUUCUGUAGAUUUCAAAAGUGUCUGGCAGUGGGUAUGGUUAAAGAAGUGGUUCGAACGGAUUCCCUCAAAGGGAGACGGGGACGACUGCCGUCCAAACCCAAAUCGCCGCAAGAAUCCCCUCCCAGUCCGCCAGUUUCUCUAAUAACUGCGUUGGUGAGAGCGUAUGUAGAUACGACACCAGAUCUCUCCAAUUUGGAUUACUCGCAAUAUCUAGAACCAUCUUCGGUGGAGCCAGCCAUUUCGGAAGCAGAAAAAAUUCAACAGUUUUAUACCUUACUAACAACGUCAGUUGAUGUUGUCAGGAACUUUGCUGACAAAAUACCUGGAUUCCUGGACCUGCUUCCCGAAGAUAGAGACCUACUUUUCCAAUCUGCCUCGUUAGAAUUAUUCGUGCUGAGGUUAUCCUAUCGGACCCAUCCUAAUGACACCAAGUUGACUUUCUGUAACGGAGUUGUCUUGGAUAUGCAGCAGUGUCAGAGAUCGUUUGGUGACUGGAUGAAUGGUAUCAUGGAGUUCUGCACUGGACUGCACGCGAUGGAUAUUGAUAUCUCCGCCUUUUCCUGCUUAUGUGCCCUUACCUUAAUUACAG